GUUUUAGAAGCACAGUUAGUCGCCGCCAUGGAACGUGAACGCGUUACGCCCAAAAGUUAUCCGACCAACCUCAUAGACAAGGACUGGUCCAAGCGGGAAUUGUUCUUCAGAAACAACUCGAAGGCUUAUCUGGAUAGUGUGCACGAUCUGCAGCUGCGAGACGAUGAUGUGUGGGUGGUAACGCUGCCAAAGUGUGGCACCACCUGGAUGCAAGAGCUCUGCUGGCUGCUGAUGAACGAUUGCAACUUUGAGGCUGCGCUGGCCCAAGAUUUAGAGCUGCGCAGCCCGUUUGUCGAGUUCCACUUUUAUACACAUGGUGAUGACGGCAAGGUGUUUGCCCCCGUCCAAGACAUGACCUCGCCACGGCUCAUCAAGUCGCAUCUGCCGCUGCCGCUGCUGCCUGCCCAGCUCUGGCAGGGGAGACACAAAGUGGUGUACGUGUUCCGCAAUCCCCUCGAUGCACUGGUCUCGCGAUACUAUCACGGCGUAACUUUUGGUAGCUGCUACGGCAAGACGCUGUCACAGUACAUAGAAGAGAAUCUGGCCACAGAUGCCGCACUCAGAGAGGCCAUCGAACACGCCCACGAGUUCUAUCAGCUGCGCCACGAGCCGUGGCUGUACUACACGAGCUUUGAGCUCAUGAAGAAGGAUCUCCGCGCUGUGGUCGAGGACUUGUGUCGCUUUCUGAACAAGCCCAUAGAGGAUCAGCCCAUGGAACAAUUGCUCAAGCAUUUGUCGUUCGAAGAGAUGAAGAACAACCCAACGACAAAUCAUCUGUGGGAGCUCAAGCAAAUAACGCACAAAGAUGCGGGCAAGGAGAAGCACAACUUCGUUCGUCGUGGCAAGGUGAAUGGCUACAAAGACGAAUUGCCCCGCGAGCAAAUAGAGAAGGCGAACGACUACAUGAAGCAGUGUCUACUGGAGAAGGGGAUAACUCUGGAAGAGCUGCUGCUGCCGCCUAGUGCCAAGGUGUCCACGGGGCUGUUGCUUCUGGGCAGCUGCCUGCGACUGUCGCUGCUGCUGUCGCCCGCCGACGCACAGGCGGCGCAUCUAACGAAGCGCAGCUACUCGGACCAGAGCGUCCACGGCUACAUGACAGAGCGCACCUGCUGGUGGAAUGAGGUGUGCAAGGAGGAGUUCCAGAGUCUGUUUCGGUGCAAGUGUCCACAGUACUCCUACUGCCGCUCCCCGGGUCGCUACUACAAUGCGUACUGCUCGAUGACGGAUACGGGCUAUAUUUGGACGCAGCCCAACUGGGAUUGGGGGUCGUAGAGCUGCACGGAUUACGGCAACCCUACACCUACGCCCACUGCCCAAGAUAACCACCCGCUGUGACGUCAGCGACACUGACUGCAGAGUGUAUGCUGCCAGCCAGCACUCCAAAAUCGAUGCUCCCAGCUGCAAUCGAAACGAAUUUUGUCUAUCGAACUGUUGUCGAUAGACACACGCACCAUACAUAAUCGAAACGAAUAAAGCUUUACUUUUGGCCUUCACUGUA